AUGUCUUCGUGCAAAGCUAUCGGAAUUGACCUCGGCACUACGUAUUCGUGUGUCGGAGUGUACCAGAAUGGAAAGGUAAGUGCCAGCGGAUGUAAGUAUUCAAGUGUUCAACCUAUUUCAUUUCAGGUCGAGAUCCUCGCCAAUUCGGAAGGAAACAAGACAACUCCGUCGUACGUGGCAUUUACUGACACGGAGAGACUGGUUGGAGACGCGGCGAAGGAUCAGGCAGCUCGGAAUCCGGAGAAUACUGUGUUCGAUGCGAAGAGACUCAUCGGAAGACGGUUCGACGAACAGACGGUGCAGUCGGACUGCAAGCACUGGCCGUUCGCGGUCAAGGGAAAGCAAGGAAAGCCAGUGGUGGAAGUGGAAGUGAAGGGCGAACGCAGACAGUUCAAUCCGGAGGAGAUCUCGGCAAUGGUGCUGCAGAAGAUGAAGGAAACUGCGGAGACGUACCUCGGACACACAGUCAAAGACGCCGUCAUCACUGUGCCCGCGUACUUCAACGACAGUCAGAGACAAGCUACUAAGGACGCUGCAACCAUUGCCGGACUCAACGCCAUCCGAAUCAUCAACGAACCGACGGCUGCAGCUCUUGCUUACGGACUCGACAAAGGCAUUUCGGAAGAGAAGAAUGUGCUGAUCUUUGAUCUGGGAGGAGGUACUUUCGAUGUUUCAAUUCUCACCAUCGCCGAAGGAUCCAUCUUCGAAGUGAAGUCGACCGCCGGAGACACUCAUCUCGGAGGAGAAGACUUUGAUCAGCGCAUGCUCCAGCACUUCAUGACCGAGUUCAAGAGAAAGACCGGCAAGGACAUCUCGCCGAAUCCCCGGGCCAUCAGACGUCUCCGAACCGCGUGCGAACGUGCCAAGAGAACAUUGUCGAGCUCAACGGAAGCCACUCUAGAAGUGGAUUCGCUGUUCGAAGGAAUCGAUUUGUGCUCCAAAAUCACCCGUGCUCGCUUCGAAGAGCUGUGUGCAGAUCUGUUCCGAAAGACUAUCGAGCCAGUUGAGAAGGCUCUUCGUGAUGCGAAACUCGACAAAUCAAAGAUCGAUGAAGUUGUGCUCGUCGGAGGAUCCACUCGUGUUCCGAAGAUUCAGAAGUUGCUCAAGGAUUUCUUCCACGGAAAGGAACUCAACUGCUCCAUCAAUCCGGACGAAGCCGUCGCCUUCGGAGCUGCCGUUCAAGCUGCCGUGUUGUCAGGAGUCAAGGAUCAGACGAUCAAGGACGUGCUGCUCGUCGACGUCGCCCCUCUCAGUCUCGGAAUCGAGACUGCCGGGGGAGUGAUGACCAACCUGAUCGAUCGAAACACGCGCAUCCCGACAAAGGCUUCCAAGACGUUCACCACCUACGCAGACAAUCAGCCGGGCGUCUCAAUCCAAGUGUACGAAGGAGAACGAGCGAUGACCCGUGACAACCACCGCCUCGGCACUUUCGAACUGUCUGGCAUCCCGCCUGCUCCACGCGGCGUCCCUCAAAUCGACGUCACUUUUGACAUCGAUGCUAACGGAAUCCUGAACGUUACGGCUGAAGACAAGUCAACGGGCAAGUCGAACCGCAUCACGAUCCGCAACGAGAAGGGACGGCUCACGCAGGCGGACAUCGAUCGGAUGGUCAACGAGGCGAAGCAGUUCGAGCGGGAGGACGCCGAACAACGCGAACGCGUCGCCGCCCGCAACCAACUCGAGGCGUACGCAUUCCAAGUGAAACAGGCUCUCGACGAGCACGGAUCGAAGCUGCCGGCCGAAGAUGCACGUCGUGCGAAGGAGGCGUGCGAAGAGACUCUCCGUUGGAUGGAAGCCAACUCUCUGGCCGAAAAGGACGAGAUCGAGGCGAAGGACAAGGAGCUGAAGGCUGUCUGCCAGGCCAUCCUCACCAAACUGCACCAGUCCGGACAGCAGCAGCCUUCUUCUGGAUGCGGAAACCCCGGAUCUGCUGGAUUCAGUGCUGGCAACCAUCCACAAGGGCCGACUGUCGAGGAGGUCGACUAA